AUGUCAACCAAAUCAAAAUCAUUUAAAUCAACUAGCACCACCAAGAAGUCCAGCACCUCAAAGAAAUCUUUUAACCCAACCUAUAAGGUUAUGAUCACUAAGGCUAUUGAACAUUACAAGGAUAGAACUGGAUCUUCGAUCAUUGCUAUCAAGAAGUACAUCGAGGAUCACUACAAUGUCAAUCAGACUGCGUUUCACACAAAUUUGAGGUUGGCAUUGAACCGUCUUGUGGAGAACAAUUCUCUCGUCAAAGUCAAGGUAAGCUACAAACUCCCGCCGAAGUCUGACACUGCUAAGAAGUCAACCACUGCUGCCGCUGUUUCUACUCCAGUCAAGAAGUCAACUACUACCGCAAGCAAGAAGGUCGACCCAAAGAAGAAGGCAUCAUCCACUAUCGCCAAAUUUGUUUAA